AUGGCCCGAUCAGCCCCAACGGAUGAAUUCCUCGGUGUCAUCAAUGAAGCAGAGCUAACAGUCAAUAAUGAGCGUUAUCUUAUGGGCAUCAUCCCAGGGUCGCUUGGCGGUUCAUCACAGAGGGCACAGAGAGCAAAAGAAAUUGAAACACUUAUACAGAUGAAUGAUAACUAUAAAAUCUUUAUUGAAUACCUCAAAAAAGGCGUCACUUUACCUGGCCGGACCUUUAACAUAUAUGACGAUGAUAUGAGAGAGGCAGCCAUUAAUUUAUUUCAAUUAAUAAGAACCAUAAAUAACGCGGGGUUUGAUACUAGAGAAUUAUUUGAUUUUGAAAAUAUAAAUUCAGAAUUGGUUAGGUAUGCAUUUGACCUUAAUAUGUUGUAUGGUGAAAAGCAUCCUGGAAAAUAUGUGUUUGUGCCACCUUUUAUUACCAGACCAAAUUAUUUUGUGAAUGGAGAAACUAUUUUUAAGGCAGUUAAAAUUAGUAAUCUUUUGAAUUAUAACAUAAACAAUACACAAGAAUCACGAGUUAACCAAUUUUACAAAAUAGAUAACACUGUUAUAAUUAACACCAAUUAUUCCUCUUGGAACCUACUUAGCCAUGGAGGAGAAGAGGUAUUAAAUUAUUUUAGAGAGGACAUAUCUUUAAAUAGCUACUAUUAUGGUGUACAUUUGAUGCAUCCGUAUUGGCUUCCAAACCAAGAUUUAGAUGAAAUUCAUCCACGACACAAUGAGCAUUAUUAUUAUACUCAUCAACAGCUAUUAGCGCGAUUAUUCCUUGAGAAGGAACACAUUAAACAAGGGAAUUCAUCCUUUAAUAAAACAGAUUACAGAGAUUUUAAUCCAUACUUAAUUCACGCUAACGGAUUGCCAUUUCCACUGAGAUCAAACCUCGCAGGAGACUGGAAUGAGGAUAAAGCCAAAAUUAAAUCAAUAGACAUCGCCAUCAGAGAAUGUAUGGCAAGAGGACUGAUAAUUAUGGAAAAUGCAACUACUAUAAACAUGACGGAAGAUAAUUAUGUGGACUUAUUAGUGAAAUUGAUACGUGCAAAUUAUGAUUCAACGAGAACAUCUAAAAUUGUAAGAUCUGUUUUUGGAUAUGGAGGUAAUGGAAACCCGUAUGAUGAAUAUAAUCCAGCUCCAACGCUGCUACAUUAUCCCGAGACAUCGUUAAGAGAUCCAAUCUAUUGGCAUCUGAUGCAAUACAUCCUGAAAUAUUUCACUGAAUACAAAGAGACUUUGAAACCGUAUAAUCUAGCGGACUUCGAAACUGAUGACUUCAUUAUUGUUGACGCUAAUAUUCCAAAAAUAACUACUUAUUUCGAUUACUACCAAUUGAACAUAAAUAGAGCUAUAACUGAACAUAUGAAGCUACCUUUAACUAUUACUGCCCGACAAAAGAGACUUAAACAUUCACAAUUUGCUUUAACCUUUACAGUUGAAUCAAAAGUUAGAGAAAAUGUAAUAGUAAGAUUAUUUUUGGGGCCUCCGUGUAAAGACUGUUGGGAAGAAUAUUCAAAGUUUUAUGAAUUAGACACGUUCGAAUUCUAUGUACAAAAAGGAGUAAAUUUUAUCAAUUGGUCAGCUGAUACCUCUACUAGACUUUCAAAUGAUGAGUAUUUCAAUUUAGAGGGUUCUUCGUCACAGGAAAAUAGAACAAAUAAGUACAAUUUGUUUAAAUUCCCUGAAAACUUAUUGAUACCCAGAGGUUUGGUAAACGGAUUAAACCUUACAUUAUUUAUAAUGAUAACUCCAUCUGGUGAUGCUUUUGAUAGCGAUUUCACUCCCCCAACCAAUUUUUAUGGCGAACUUUACAAUGAACUAGACAUAAAACCUUUGGGUUUUCCUUUUCACAGGCCAUCUGAAAAUCAUAAAGUUACAGCUAACAAUUAUAAGUUUUAUAAAAUUGUCAUUCACCAUAAACAAAAUAAUGUCGCAAGUAAUGGAUACUUUUCAUCUCAUUUGUAUUAA